ACUUAACUAGUUCUUUUACAUUCUAGUAGGCGUCAGAGUCACGCCAUAAGGGAAAGGAACUAGCAGCGCGAUGGCGACCCUCACCAGCUCUCGCGUCACCGCGUUCUCGGGCUCGCGCCUGGGCAACGUCCGCAUCGGCCAGGCGCGCCGGGGCGUGACCGCCGCGCGCAUGGCCAAGGAGGGCAUUCACCCUCAGUGGUUUGAGGAGGCUAAGGUCAUUUGCAACGGUGUGGAGGUCAUGACCGUGGGCGGCACCAAGGCCACGUACAACGUGGAUAUCUACUCGGGCAACCACCCAUUCUACCAGGGCAACCGCACCACCAUGGUGCUGGACGAUGGCCAGCUGAACAAGUUCAAGAAGCGGUUCGCGGAGCUGGAGGAGCUCGCGGUCGUGCCCAUUCUGCAGGCCGGCAAGGCCGAGGACCCGUCGGCGAAGGAGAAGCCCGCUGCUGCCGCGAACAAGAAGGGCAAGAAGAAGUAAGCGGCUCGCUGGAGUGGCGCCGGCGGCCGACAGGCCGCUGGCAGCAGCAUGCACAGCUAGCAGGGGGGUUUGUCAGCGCCGGCGGCUGGCGCCUGGGCUGGGAGCGGGGCGGACGUGUGGAGGCGGCCAUGUGUAGAAGUUGGCGCCGUCAGUGCAGCAGCACAGCGGCGCAGGGAAGCAACGCGCGGGUGCCAUCAGGAGCGACCUCGGGCGCAGGCGCAUCGGCGCUGGCAGCAGCGCGGAGGGAGAGGCCUGACAGAUGGCGAGGCGAGGCGGCAUGCCGACAUGCCGACCCGUGCGGCGCUUGAUGUGGGUUUGUUGUUAGAAGCGCGCGUGGAGCAGGAGUCUUACGGGGCAGCGCACCCAAGGCGCAGGGGUUCGGGCUAAGGCUCGACCGGAAUUGACCGCCCCGGGCAGCGCGCGCCAAGGAGCAACGUAGGCUGGUUGGUGUGUGUGUGAGCUGCUGGCCUGGCCACAUUUUGACUCGCGUGGCGACGGCUGCGAAGCUCUUAACCCAACGGCUCGUGGCUCUUCGUAGCAGGACGUGGGGUGGGUAGCUGCAUAUACGCACGUCGAUACGCAGAGGCGCGGAGAGAGCUUGGAGAGAGAGGCGGUGUGGUUGAGUGCCGGACAGAACGCCGGACAGACGUGUGCAAUCAAAUAGGAGAGCGUUGUCGAGCUCUGUAAAUGCAUAUCCGA